AUGAAACGAAAUGGAACGAUUUUGGUUCACGCGGUCUGUUCAGUUCUUGCGACACGCAAUAUCGCGUCCAGGUUCAGCGAAUCCCGUGUGUCUGUUUCAGUGCCGUCACCCAGCUCGGCUCCCACCGCUUCCGCCACCCCCGUUCCGCCAGCGCCAGACUUGCUCCGCCUCCGCGGAGCCACGCGCGCAGCUUCUGGCACGCAAUCCGCGCAAAGUAGAAGCGGAAGACGUGCGCAAGUUUCAGACGCAGCAGCGAAAUAUGGACAGGAAGAGCGGAGGAAACCGGGAAUGGCGAAAGAGCUCAGUGGCUCUGCUGACGUGGGCUCCUCGGAUAGGCUGAUAUUGGAUCAGCACCAGCAGCGAUGGGCUGACGUGGCAGCUGACAUGGACUUCCUGACUAGGACGGUUCGGCUGGUGCAGUGGUACCCGGGGCACAUAGCCAAGGCGGAGAGGGACCUGAAGGAGCAGCUGCGGUGGGUGGAUGUGGUCAUUGAGGUGCGCGACGCCAGAAUACCGCAAGCCACCACGCACCCGCAGCUGGACGAGUGGAUAGGCGGCAAGCCCAAGGUGCUGGUGCUGAACCGAGAGGACAUGGUGACAGCGGGGGACAGGAAGGCGUGGGCGGAGUUCUACGGGAGACAGCAGCAGGAUGUCGCUGGCUUCUGCUUCACUGAUGGGCAGCAUGGGUCGGGCAUUCUGAAGCUCACUCGCCAGGCAAUGAGCGUCAGCAAGGCCAUCAACACUCGCAGACGAGACAAGGGACUCCGCCCGCGCGCUGUGAGGGCAGCAGUGGUGGGAUUCCCCAACGUGGGCAAGUCGGCAGUCAUCAAUCGUCUACUGAAUCGCCGAGUUGUCGCCAGCGCUCCCAGGCCCGGGGUCACACGGGAGGUCAAGUGGGUGCGGCUGGGAGAGGGCUUGGAUCUGCUAGACGCGCCGGGAGUGCUGCCAGCGCGGAUAGCGGACCAGGCAGCCGCGGCACGGCUGGCCAUGUGCAACGACAUUGGUGAAGCGGCUUAUGCUGUCGCUGGCGUGGCGGCUAUUCUUGUGGAGCUGCUCAAGAGACUGCCCACUGCUGGUCCCCAUGUGCUGUCCAACCGGUACAAGAUCAGAGCGGACAGCUUGACGGGAGAAGAGUUUCUGGAGGCACUGGCAGAUCGGCUGUGCAUGGGGGAUGUGAACCAGGCGGCACACAGAGUACUCAAGGACUUCAGGCGAGGGGCGUUUGGCUGGAUUGCCCUCGAGAGGCCUCCUAUAAAUCUUCCCGAAAACUUUGGGAAGCUUUCGGCCUUGAAGACGCUGGUGCUGUACUCGCUGCCGCUUCUCCAUCUCCCUGCUUCCUUCACCAGCCUCGCAUCUCUGGAGACGUUUCUUCUGGUUCGGUGCGUGGGGGUGCGCAAGCUACCUGCAGGGUUUGGUUGCCUCACAGCACUGAAGACUCUGUCUCUUGUGUGCUCCCCGACCCUGGACCUUCCAGAAGACAUGGGGGGCCUGACCAAUCUCCAAACCUUCCAUUUCAAACAGAAUUGCAGAGAGCAGCUUCCUUGCUCAUUCUCGCAGCUGACUUCGCUGACCAGGUUGGAGCUAGAUGAGUGCAGGGCUGAGCUCAAGGAAUUGCGCUUGGGCAUUGUUUGCGCAACCUGUCUACAGGCCAUCAGUGACCAUCUCUCUGGUGUGGAGCACCUGGAGCUGUCGCUGGGAGAAGAUGCAGAAGAGUCUCUGGCAGCGUUGGCAAGGCUUCCUCGCCUGCGCACCUUGACACUCAAGGAGGCUCGCAGCGUGAAGAAGCUGGUGGAAUCUUACAGCUCUGCAUUGCUGGAGCUACGGCAGCUAAACAUUGACUUCACGCGCGACGAACUCACGGAGCUGCCUGCUGCCAUCACCACUCUCCACCACCUGACAUCCAUUCAAAUCUACGCGUACAAAUUAGCACUGCUUCCAGAUGCCAUUGGCGCAUUCUCAAGACUGCGCAGGCUGGACUUAUCCUUCUGCUCAUCCCUCACGCAUCUCCCUGCUUCCCUCACGCAGCUCUCUUGCCUGCAUGAGCUGAACGUCAGCAACACCAGCAUCCGGCUGCUUCCUCCUAACUUUGCGCAGCUUAGCGGACUGAGGAGGCUCGGCAUCCAUAAUUGCAAGCACCUCAAGGCUCUGCCGCAUGAUAUCUCUGAUCUCAGAAUGCUCGAUCAUUUUUCUACUGAGGGAUGUGACAUGCUCCAGCGCUGA